AUGACCAUAUUUCGUCCUUGUAUCGACUUGCACGAGGGUCAAGUGAAGCAGAUCGUCGGAGGAUCGCUCAGCACCACGGAGCCUUCAACUCUUAAGACUAACUUCGUCGCAAGUCACCCGCCAGCCUAUUAUGCCCAGCUCUACCGCACGCACAAACUCCGCGGAGCUCACGUUAUAAAGCUUGGUACAAAUAACGACGCUGCCGCCAAAGAGGCGCUGGCCGCCUGGCCUAAAGGACUACAAAUUGGAGGUGGAAUAACUAUCGAUAAUGCGGUGGAGUGGCUGGAUGCUGGGGCUGAUAAAGUGAUAGUAACGAGCUGGCUGUUUCCAGAAGGAAAGUUCAGCCUAGAACGCUUAAAAGCGCUAUCGGAAAAGAUCGGAAAGGACGCGCUGGUCGUCGAUGUGAGCUGCAAACGACGAGACGACAAGUGGAUCAUAGCGAUGAACAAAUGGCAAACGCCAACCGCCACCGAAGUCAACGCCGAGUCGUUAGCGAUUAUGGCUCGCUUCUGUAGCGAGUUCCUUGUACACGCAGCCGACGUGGAGGGACUGUGUCAAGGGAUCGAUGAAGAACUUGUGCAACGGCUUGGCGAGUGGUGCACGAUUCCAGUCACGUAUGCAGGCGGAGGGAAAGACAUAUCCGAUCUCUCGCUAGUCGAGGGGUUAUCGAACGGCAAAGUGGAUCUGACUUACGGAAGCGCGCUCGACCUUUUUGGAGGCACAGGCGUCAAAUUCGAAGACUGCGUCGCUUGGAACAAUAGCAAGGAGGACUGCUCGACCGCAGUGCGGUGAGCAUCUUCUGUUCGAGUAGCGCCAUCUUGCCCGGCAUCAGCAAACGUACGUAGGAUGGGAAGUAGCUUGUAGCUCUUGCGAAUAGAUUAGCAUAGACGGACCGUCUGGUAUGUCUAUAUCACGGUGACAGUAGUCCACGAGGACCGAGGAUACGGCGUGCUUAAUCGGAAACUACCUUUUGGGGUGGCUUCUACAUCUUCUAUCUAAACAAAGACUACAGUAAAUCCCACCCACAUCCCAGUACAAAUGCUAUCCCAAAAUCGCCAUUGAGAACGGCGCAUCCGACAAAGUCGGCCUAGCAGGCAGCACAUG